AUGAAGGACGCUUGGUCGGCUAAGGAACAGUCCAGGCGAACGCCGCCGCCGCGCUCUGGCCUCGCGCCGCCUCUCUGUCUCCCGGCGUCGGCCCUUCGUCCGGUUGACGGCGGUGAUCCACGUCUCGCUUGGGUGUCUCCUGCUCAAACUCCACUUCUCGAAGUCCGUCUCCAGUCCUCCACGACGAAGCGCCAGCUGGACGCGGAUACUGGCGCAGUCGCUUCGCCACCUCCUUCCGCUCCGCUGGCCUGCGGGCCUUCGUCGUCCUCAUCGCCUCGUUCGGCUCGAGCUGGUGCAUGCGAGGGGCGGUCGCAGACUCGCGCGAGUCCCCCUUCUUCCUCGACGGAGCCAGGCGGCCAGCCAACAGCCUUGCUCGCGUCAGGCAAGGCGUUUUUCCUUUUCCUUUCCACGGUUUGCGUCUUCUUCUUUCUCUGGCUGGGCGCGACAGGCUUCGCGAAAGGCCCGGAGACCCGCGCGGGGGGUUGGGCGGCAGACGCGCCGGCGACUGUCUCCUCCGCGACUGGCGGGGGUCCGCAGGGACGCGGAGGCCGUGAGAGACGCGUGCGCUGCCCUCUCGGCGCAGAGCCACGCGACCGGUGGGCGCAGAGGAGCCUAUCUGCGUCGCCGCGUGUGAACGAGGUCGCGGCUGCCCCGCCGGGGUGUGUGGCUGCCGUGGAGGAGGCGUUCGCUCACGUUCUGGGAGCUGGCCUCCAGGAGGAAGAUGAGCUGCUGUCUCGUCACGCAGUGACUGCAUCUUUUCAGAGAAGGCCGCUGGAGACCGCAGCGACUUCUUCCUGUGCUUUGUUCGAGCGCCACGCGCCGCUGGGUGCUGCUUCGCGGAUUUCCGUCGCAGAUCGCGAGCGAAGGACUUUUGCAGACCUGAGAAGGAGCAUGGCCUGCAGCGAGACCGUUCGGCCGCUCGCCCGGCCUCGACGCACCGCGGCAGGAGACCGAGGCGUGUCACGAGACGCGUUGCUCUCUUUUGCUCUCUCCCAAGGCGAGCGACCGCUUCCUCCCUUCCUCUCUUCUUCCGCUUCCUGGCGGACGUCGCUCACGGCGUCGCCGCCUCAGUCGCCCUUUCUCCUCACGCCGUCGCCCUCCUGCCCGUCUUUCUCCACCGGAAAGCCGCGGCUGCGGCCUACGGAGGAUCAGCCAGAUCCGACGUCCGCGAAGGCCCUCGCGUUCGCGCGGCCCUCGCGCUCGUUCCCACUCGCCCUGGACAGCAGGCGCCAGCGCGGCCAAGAAGCCAAAGGCCCGCGACACGCAGGGCGCACGUCUGCCUCGAGUAGUGGGGUUUCUUCAGACGCCUCUGCGCCCGCGCGGGAGGCGGAGAGCCAGCAGAGAGGCCCUGGCGGGCUGGCGCGCUCUCUGUCUUGGGUCACCGCGUCGCCCGCACCGACCAGGUGCGAGUCUCUCUCUCAAGCCUCCCUGCAUGAGUCGUGGCGGUCUGCGGAGGAAGGCGACAGGGAAGACGACGAGCGGUCAGUGCUGUCUUUCUCUUCGUCCAACACCAGCUCGUUUGCCUCGCAGCCGCGGAGUCGCCGCGGAAGCCUAGGGGACGACGCUUCGCUUCCUCAGGCGGCCCCCAUAGGCGCUGGCGCCGCGGCCGCGACGUCCACGGCUCUCUGUCACCGCGAGGAGUGCCCGCAAGUGUCCGAAGCUCCUCAGUUUCACCUUUCCUCGCUGUCGCUCGCAUGUGCGUCUCCUGACUCGAGUGAGAGCGAGCGAGACGAGGGAGGAGCGACAGGCGGGAAGGCUUAUUGUCGCGCCAGCCGGCGCCCCGCGUCGUUCUCUCUCGAGCGGAAACGCAGACCGCCCGAGCGACCGCGCAGGCGCCCGCGAGAAGAAGACAGCGAAGAAGACGGGUCGCGCGACCCGGCCCUCGAGGGGGCCUUGCACAUCGGGCCUCUGCAGCCCCCUGCGCGGCGUCGCUCCACUGAGCCGCCGGAUAGCAGUGCGCGUCUCGUGCCGCCGCGGCGCCUUUCGUCACGGGCGUCACGGCCUGAGGCACGCGGGCCUUUCGCUCUGGAGACCGACGGCGAAACGCAGAGAACGCGCGUCCUCUGCGCGGAGGAAUGUGGAGAAUUUGUGAUAUCUUGUUCACCAAACCCUCCGCGCGCGCGCUGGCAGAGGGCAGGGAGUCGCGGCAGGUGCCGCGCUUCGACCGACGGCGAGUGUGCGGGCCUCGGAGGAGACGGUAGGGACAGGAGAGGCCCGCGCAGGUCGGGGCCUGCGCGAACACGUGAAAAUUCGCCAGGGAGGAUGCCCUCGCCCUCCAGAGCGGCUUCAGGCCGCUCGCGACCCACGCAGCGAGAAACCGACAGCGAAGGAGCCCAAAGAGACCUUUCGCUGGGCAAGCGUGGCGGCGACGAGGCGCUGAAAGGCAGCUCACGCCCGAGCCAGCUCGGCUCCAGUUUCACCAAACGAUCUACUACCGGAGGUCAGGAUGGCGAGCCCCUCGCGACGGCAUCUUCGCCCUCCCUCUCGUCUCCUCUCUCGCGCCCUUCUUCUUUGAUUUCGUCGGGAGUGAGUGCGCAGUCCACUCUCAGUUCUCCUCUGUCGUCUGCGCCUGCGGGCCCCGGUGCGGCGCCUUCGCCGUCUCCGGGGCCUUCUUCGUUAACCUCUGCGUCGCCCUCCUCAUCGUCUCCGGCGUCUUCUGCCUUGGCUCGGUCUCCGCGCCUCGCAGCGGCGGCCGCUGCUGCAGCUGCCUUCGCUGCGCGUGAGUCGCUGCCGAGCUUCUUGAACGCCUCAGCUGCUCACGCCUCGGACGCAUCCGAGGACGCAGCGGACGGCCGCGCGCGCCCCGAGUCUCCUGGCGCCGAAGCGCCCGUGGAGACUCCCCGCCCCUCUGUGGAGCCAUCCGCAAGCAGCGAGGAGGAAGGAGAGAGUGAGACGCAGGAAUCAGACUUUCUUCGUCGCGAAGCUUCUUCUCAGUCGCAGGACGGGAAAAAGAACGGCAAUUUGCGGGAGUCUCUCUCCGAGCUCCCCGGGUCCGACGACUCUCUCUUUUGGGCCGCGCGAGAGCCGCACACGAGUCCGAGGGCGAAGAGGGGCCUCGAGGAGGCGUUUUCUUCUGCGGGGCGAUCUUCCGCCUCGGAUUCUGUCUCCGUGCCCAUGGCGUCGGUCUCCGCUUCUUCUUCUUCCAUCGUGCCGCACCAUACCCCGCCAGCGGGCUCGCCGUCGCCGGCGGGCGUCCGCGGAGGUGUUGAAGGGGGGGGGAGAGGGCGCGGCGAUGAGCGCGGCGACCAGUUGUCGUCCUCUCGCGCGCCGUCUUCUCUCCUGAGCGAGGGCGAACGAGAGGGGCGGAGGAGGGAAGAAGAGAAGCGCACAGACAUGCAGAGUCUCAUCGUGCUGUCAGUCACGGGCGACCUAUACCACGUGACGACAAACGGCUCGUUUGUGUGGCAGCGCAGCCUGGGCUCUUCGCUGGCGACCGCCUUCGACCUGGAGCCGUCUUCUUCAGAGGACGAGGAGGCGAGUCUUGGGCGCCAGGUCGCGGCGGAGCGAAGCAGCAAGGGAGGAGGCCGCAGCGAGGAAGCGCGGGCGCCGAGACGUGGCGGCGGCCGCGUAGGAGGGGAUGCCGAGAGCGAGGAGGAAGGGCGCGGGGGAGGUCGCGAGAGUGAGGAGCAAGUUGAGGAGAGACGGAGGCGCAACGAGCUCGCGCAGACAGGCCUGGGGCGAAGGCUGCUCCCUGCGCACGACGGAAGUCUCUUCUUCCUCGACGACGACGGCUCGCUGACGGCGCUCCACGUGAGCAUUCCCGAGGUGGUGAACCACCUCCCAUUCCAGGCGCCGCUCUUCCCGCACGUGUAUUUUGCGGGCGAACGCGAAGUGCGCGUCACCGCGCUCGCCUUAGAGACUGGGCACCCGAUCGCCACGGGGCAGGGCCUGAGCCGAAAGCGAAGAGACAGGGGGCGCCGGCGCCGCGAGCGCGAGAAGCGGCGCGCGUGGAUCGCGAACAAGCGCCCGGGGGCAGACCGCGAGGCGACGCUCUCGUCCUCCUCGCGGGAGGAAGAAGCCGCGGAAAGCAGCGAGACUGAAGAGGAAGAAGAAGAAGACGAAGAGGAACCCCGUCAGCUCCAGUUCGGCGUCACAGUCUGGAAGCUGUGGGCUGUAGACAACAGGACGCACACCACACAAUGGGGUCUCAAGUGGGUCGAGGUGGACGCCCUGGGGUCGCUGUCGGCGCCAGCCGCGGGGCCAGCCUCGAGCUCGCGAGCGGCUUAUCUGCGGAACCUUAUUCGCGUGGACGAUGACAAGCUCUACCUGCUGCCCUCGCCGUCCUUCUCGCCUGCCGCGGGCUUCUCGCGCGUGCCCGAGGCCUCUGCGACAGAGCCGGGGUCUCCAGUCUCGGCGUCGGAGGCGCCCACGCCGUCGGCUGGCGGCGCGGCAACCCCGCGCGCGGAGGAGGAGUCCCUCGCCGCGCGCCAGUCGCUGUCGUCGCUGCCUGCGUCGUCCUCGCCGCCUUCUUCGUUCGCUUCCUCCUUUUCGUCGCCCUCCUUCUCGCCUGGAGCCCCGGGGCAGGCGGCAGCAGCCGCGCCGCUCUUCCUCAAGUUCCCCGCGCCGAUCGCGGCAGUCUACGUCGUGGGGCCGUCCGGCGGCGAAGAGACGAGUCUCGCGAAGGCGGCGGGUGGGCGCGGACGGCGCCGAGCCGCAGACGGCGACGAAGACGACGACGAGCGCCUCUUCGUGUUGUCAGAGGGCGAGGAGGAGCCCAACGGCCGGCGGUCGCGGGGUCUGGGCGACGAGGCUCUUGCGCGGGCCUCGGGCGCCAAGAAAUCACACGCGACAGGCCGCGGCAAGAAGUUCGCUGGCAAGGCGCAGCGUACCGAAGUCGUCGCGCCCGUCACGCUCGAGUGCAUCGUGCGCCAGUGGGGCGGCAGCACCGCGGCGCUGCCUUUUGCGUAUGUGCCCUCCGCGCAGCAUCACCCCGUUCGCGGGCGCGGGACAGAUGUCUUUUCCUCUCCGUUUUCCUCCUCGUUCUCUCUGCCGUAUCCGCCGCCGCCUGCGGCACACCACUCCUACGCGACCCUGCUCCUGCCUGCGAUGCGCGGACUCGGCGCAGCGCCUCCGGGCUCCGUCUCGCCUGCGUCGCCUGCGGCGAGCCCUCCCGGAGCGGUCGGCGCGCUCCUCCCCCUCGCUUCUUCUUCUUUCUCUUCUCAGGCGCCCUCCGACUCGCUAGUCCUGCGGCGACGCGAAGACCAGAUCGCGCUGCAUUCUUCCGCCUUCGCCGGCGCGCCGCCGCUCGCGAACUGUCUGGAAGACGCGAAGGCUGGUGACGCAAGAGCUGAGGACGCCGAGCUCGGGAGAGACGCGCGCCAGAAGCAGGACGGCGGCGACGACGAAGCCACCCGAGGGAGCGCGGCGCCCCCGCGGCAACGGGGCGGCGAGGCCGCGACCUACGACCUGCUCCCGGCCGCUCACGCGGUUCUGCCGCUCGCGCCGCCGGCGUACCUGUUGCCUGCAGGCGAGCCGGGUGCAUCUCCGUUUUUUCCUUUAUCUUCUGCCGCGGGGGCUGCCUCGCUGCAUGCGCCAGGAGGGGGGGGGCAGAGCGCUGUGCCGCCGCCGUUCUCUCUUCACAACUUCCGCGCGCCUGCGCCGGUGAAGCCGAUUCGCUUCCCCCACCCCUCUGCGCUGUCGUCGCACAUGGCGCGCCAGAGCGACGCGGGCUUCUUCGGGGACUUCCCGCACCGUGACCUGCUUCUGCAGAGCACGCCCGCGCAGCGGAGUCAGGGGGACAGAACGCGGACAGACGAAGCGACCGGCGAAGCAGCCGGCGACAGGCGCCCGCAGAGGACACGGCCGGGGCAGGUCGAGGCGGAUGGAAGGGACUACGGCGCGAGAAAGGAGGAGGAAGAAGAGGAAGAGGAGGAAGGCGGCGACGACUCCGGCCCCAGACACGCGAGAGACAGUGACGGCCUGGAGAACGACAGAGGGACGCACGUCCCGUAUUCGGCUGUGCGUGACGGGGACUCUGCGGAGGAGGAACCGAAGCGCGAGGAAAACUGGCACAAGGGGCGUCUUACCACGAGGGGGGCAGCAGAAGAGGGACGAGACCGCAGCGGGGGCGGAGACGACGGGACGAGGGAGCGGCGGCGGGCGGUCGCUUCUUCUCACAACGAGACCCUGCCUCACGCAGGAGGGGGCGGCGCAGGAGCCGCAGCCUCUCAGGGCUACGCGUCUCCUGAGUCUCCGCCCUACGGCAUCCUUCCAAGCGACUGGUCUGAGUUGUAUGGGGCUCCCCAGCAGGCCCCGUUGUCUUUUAAUCCUGUCCUCUCACCUGUGCUUUCGGUUCUGCGGCGCUGGAUUGGGCGACUGACGCGCUCGUCGUCUUCUCGCUUCUUUUCUCCCCCUCCGCUGGGGAGCGACCUGGACACUUCUGGCGCCGACGCUACGCCCCCCCCCGCUGUCGGGCGGCGGCAUCUGGAGCUCGAUGCCGAGAGACGCCAGGCGGUGGGGUGCGAGGCGGAGGGCCUCGAGUCUGAGGCUCCGCGAAGCUCGGCGUUGUUCUUCCCGUCUUCCUCCUCUCUGCCGUUCUCCGCGUCUUCGCACAGCUGGUUCAGGCCUCACGAGCCCCCUGCGGCGGCGCCCAACUACGCGGUGUCUCUGCGCCAGUUCACAGGCGGGAGAGGCGACAGGCGCAGCUGCCGGGUGGAUCGUGGGAGGGGCGCGGGCGCCGCCUCCACGUCGGAGGCCCCUGCCCACGCGGCGGACUCUGCCGGCCUUCUCCCGUGGGAUGUAGAAGGGUCGCUCGCGACCGGCUGGCUGGCGCGGCUCUUGCUUGUCUUUGCUGCGGCGUCGUCUGUCAUGGUUUUCCUUCGCUUUCGAGGCUUCGUUUUUGGCGCCCUCGCCAGCGCAUUCGCCGCGGCGCCUUCGGCAGGCGGCGACCGACCCUGGUGGCGGUCGUGGCGCUCGCUGCCGCUUCUGUUGCCGGUGCUUCGGUACCUCUCUGCGCAGGGACCAGACGGCCGUGGAGAGAGGUCGCUCCUCGAGUCCGAGGAGCCUGAAGACGACGAGGCGGGGCGCCUUCGGCCGCAGACGGGACGCGGCGGCUCGCGCUCCGGGCGCCCCACGCUGACACUUCCAAUUUCAUCUGUACACCGCGCAGAAAACGGGCGCGCGCUCUCUGGGCGCCGCGGCGCGGAGGCGGUGGAGGGGGGUUGGGGGAGAGCGAUGAAGAGACACGCAGGCUGCAGAGUGACAGUCUCCAUCACAGACGCAAGCUGGAGGACGCCAAAGAGCUCCCCGACGACUCCGGAUGCGAAGGCUUUUGGGCAGCUCGCGCUGCCGGGGUCGUUUUCAGCGCAAACAGAAGUCCACCCGCCCGCGGGGGGCGCGCAGAGUCUCCUUCUCUCGCCGACAGCGCUGGCGCUCCGUGCCCGCGCGACCCGCAACCGCAGCACGGGUUGGGCGCCUGAGGCAGCCCCCGAGGGGGAGCAGGAGACGGGCAGCAGAAGCGUGGCGACGACGGCAGACAAGAACUUGAGCGGCGCGGACCUGAGGAAGAUCUUUGGCAUCGUGCUGGAAGAGCGCGCGAAGCGACAGGAGAAGGGAACUUUCGCGGUCAGCCCCAGCCGCCCCCCGCUGUCUGAUUCAUCGAGGAUGCCCUGGAGUUGGCGAGAGAGCCUCAACGCGGAAGACACGGAGAGUCGUGAAAGCGUGGGAGACCUCACACCGAUGUUUAGCUGCCGCACGACAUCCUCAGAUUCGCUACCUUCGGAGACAGAACUCGAGAAGCCGGGAGCGUCGACUGAGGAGGACGCGGCGCUUGCAACGCUGGAGACGGCGCGCGCCUUCGGGCUCGGCAAGGAGAGGCGGCCUGGAAACAGGCGGGGCGAGCCCGAGCGGCUGUUGCCACGGGGGCCUCCAGGCGGCUUCUUGACCCCGAGUGCGGCGGUCCCCGUGCUCCCCUCGCCGAGCUCCGACCGCGGCGACGCGACCGCCGCUGCCGCGGCCCCGCGGUUGCUUUGGGCGCAGGGGGGGGAGCGCCGGGGCCGGCGGAACUCAGACAGUUCCUCUGUGUAUUCGACUUCCUCUCUGUACACGUUGCCGAAGCGAGACGCCCUCUGGGUGUAUCGCCGAGGUCACUCCCUUGCGGAUGUGACGGGCGGGGGGAGCUCUGUGGACGGAGCAGCGUCCGCUCGCCAUUCGUCUGCAGGGGCGCGCCAGCGCCCAACAGCGUCGGAGGAAUCGUCGCACUGCCUCGCCUCCCAGUCUCUCUCGCUUUCUCCGCCUCGCUCGCCCCUCCUCUCCCCCGCGGAGGCGGCUCUGCGCCCGCGCGGGCGGUCGCCGUCUGCGAGCCCGCGCCUCGGCGAGCGGCGAUGCGUUCCGCUCUCCGUUCCCCUGCUGCCUUCCGCGUUCCCGGCGCAUGAUGCCGCCGACCUUCUUCGGGCUCCGUCCUCCCCAUGGGUGCGCCCGGAGCGCAGGGGCGCGCCCUCGUGGGGUAGCGGGGACUCCGGCGACCUCGCCGACGCGGCGGCGCUGCUGCCGCCGUCUGCGGCUCCGCCCCCGGAGCCCGCUUCGGUGGCGCGAAAGCCGGGGCUGUCGGGCGCGGCCGCGGAAGCCGGCUGGCAGCGGGCGGCGGGACUGCUGGAGGCUGCGUGCGAGACCGACCGCGCCGGACGCCGCCCAGGAGACAGAGGGGGGGUGCAGGGGGUCGGAGGACCUCGCGCGCGGUUUGGCGACGAGGCGCUCGGCCGCGAGAGAUCUGCCGGCGAAGAAGGCGAGCAAGCAGACCGCGACAAUCGCCAGUGCCCCCCCGUCUACCUCCCUGGCGGUCGCAUGGGAGGCGGUCCCGCUGGGGAGAGUUUCAGCACCGAGGAGUGGCAGCGCCUGAUGUUCCGGCGCGCGGGGCGGCGCUGCAACUCUGUGGGUCAGUUGACCCUCUACGGGGGCGGCUCCGACACGAGCCUCGGCGCCAGCGGCGCCGGCAGUCGACCGGGCCUGCCGAACCCGUUCGCAGCGCCCGCGCUUCCCCCUCCAGCCCUGUCGUCGCCUGCGGAGGAUGUGGCGACGCCGCAGAGCGACGCGCCCGUUUCCUCGGCCGUCGCCCAGUCCGCAGUGGGCGCGGACGUCGACGACCGCAAAGACAGUGGGCCGAGUGCGGCGGGGGUUCCCGAGGUGGCGGACGCGCGCCGCGGCAGCUCGCUUCAAGAAACUGCGGCUCCAGCGGAGGUAACGACCCCGAUGCUCGGCGACGCCUCCUCUCCGUCGUGCGAGCCGCUGCCGCUGCCCUCGCCGCUCCCUGCUGGCGACCGUGCACAGGGGGACGGCGGGCCUCCUGCUCCUGGCGCGAGCGAGAACGGCCGCGCCCCGGCGGACAGCGCAGCAGGUGCUCUGCAGCCACCUCCCGCUGGAGGGGUCUCGGCGCCCGAUGGGGAGGUGGACGUGCUGAAGCACGCCAAGAUCGACGCGCGCGGGACGCUGUCGGGGGUCACAACUACCUACCUGGGAAGUGCUGCGGGCGCGGCCUCGUCGGUUUCGCCGACCGCCGCAGGGGGCUCCGUGCUCUCCGCGACCAGCAGCAGCGCCGGCACCGCUGCGCUGCAGGGCCUCGCAGCCACGCAAGCAUUGUCGCCGGCCGCGCGACUUCUCGCGGAGGUCGGCGGCGAGCGGAGACAGGAGGGCGCCGAUGGGGCGCCCACGGACGGCGGGCUCGCCGCGGCGUGGGGGGAGGGAGAGGGUCGCGGAGAGGCCGGCGCGCAGGCCGCCGCAGGCGGAGGCGCAGGAGCGAAGAGCGACAGACAAGAGAGAGUCCACGGCAUGCAAGACGAAGGGGAAGGCGAGGGCGGGACGCCCGGCAGCACGCCCGCGGCGCUGCCACCGCCGGCGUCGCCUCCAGUCGGACUCGCCGAUGGGAAGCUCGGCGGCGCGGCGGUCGUCCCGGGGGGACUCGACGUGUCGGAAGUGGCAAUUGUCGCGGCGCCGCCUGCCGCGAUGCCGGCGAAGGUCGACCGCGGCAUCCCUCCGGACUCGAGUCUCGCGAAGCUCCUUGAGAACGGCCGCUUCGAACGCACGUUCGGCAUACAAAAGCUCGUGGGACAGGGCGGAUUCGGCGUUGUGUACCAGGUGCGCCAUCUGUUGGAGCCAGGUCAUCCCAUCUACGCCGUGAAGCUCAUUCUCUUGCGUCUCUCCCUGAGCGAGGAUAUCUCUCUCCGCAGGGAUUUUCGAGAAGUCGCCGCCAACCGCGAUCUCUACUCCAAGCACGUCGUCCGGUACUACACGUGGUGGUGCGAGGAGCCGCGUUUCUUGCCUGUGGACUCGCUCGGCAGCGCCCGCGGCGUCUUAACCGACCGCAAAUGCGCCGAGGAGAUCAGCUCCUCCGCAGUCGGCGAAUGCAGCGCGAUCUUGCCCUCUCGGGGCCCGACGGUCUCCAGUUCGUCUCCGGCGCCGCUGGAGAGCUCGCACUGCCUCUCUCCGAGCCCAAGGCCCCUCAAGCCCCGCGCCGGCGCGGCGGUGGAGCGCAGGGGGGCGAAGGCCCGCGAGGGCGGGGCUGAGCGCCCCGCUUUCCUCGAUGAAACCUUCCUCGGAGACAGCGACGCUAGCCAAGACGCAGAGGGCGACGGGGGAGACGGUGCGCGGCGUCGGCGCGCGCGGUCGUCCGCGGCGCACAAGCAUACAAAAAGGGGGAGGACGCGAGGAGGCGGAGGGGGCGCCCGGGCCCUCUGUCUGCCGUCUCCGUCGCAGUGGGCGGAAGACUCGAGUCUCAGCAGCUGGGAGAGCCAAGAAGGGGUCUCGGGGCGCAGACCCUGGCGCAGGUCGCGGCGCGGAACGGCUGAGGGCGAUGAAUCCAUAGCCAAGCAACGGGCUCUCGAGCAGCAGGACAGUGAAGAGGGGUUGGACACCGGCGCGCUGCGGGAUGGGCGCCGCCGCGGCUCCUUUCCAGGCGUCAUUUUCUCUUGGCGCAGCCGCGCGUCGCUCUCUUCAGGCCUGGGCCCCGAGGAUCUCCGGGGCUCCACAGAGGAGGGCGCAAACUCCCUCGACUGUUCACGUCUCGCGCGCAGCACUUCCGCGGACGCGUUUCUGUCGCGGCGAGAGGAGGAGCACCGCGGAGGACGCAGUCGCCAGUCUUCACUGCCUGGCGCUUCGUCUGUCUCUCAGCGGGGGCGCGCCGGCUGUCCAGAGGGGCGGCGGCUGGUUCGCGAGGCGGGGCUGCGCCGGCGCGCCUGCUCCCCGUCGCAGUCGCCGUCCUGCCACCAGCCCGGGAGGCCCGCGACGGGCGCCAGCGCAGGAGAUGGAGCGGCUCGUGGACGCCGCGGCGCAGCCCUCGCGUCCAGUGUAGACAGCGAAGCGCUCCCGCUCUGUGAAGUCUAUCAAAGGCGGGGGCUCUUGAGUACGAAGCUGCGCGCAGUCUCUGAGGGCGGCGACGCGGCGCGCCGCCAGGAUGCAGUGGGAGGCGGAAAACGCGCGAAGGCCCGCAGACCGCAUGGGGCGGCUUGCGACGCGGUCUCCGACGCCGAGUGCCUCUACACCAACGGCGUCUCCCACACGCGGUGCGGCGCAGACGGCUGUCGGGCGUCUCGCGCCGCGUGCAUGUGCGGUAGAAGCGCACGCGGAGACGCAGAAAGUAGAGACAAGACCAGACAGGCGACCGCAGGCGCGCAGAGCGCAAAUGCGGAGAAAGACAGAGCGGCGGCCUGGGGAGGCGACGCGGGCAACAAGGAGGGCGAGAGGGGUGCUGCGAAGACGGGCAAGGCCAAGGAGCACGUGCUUGGCAGUCCUGCAAACUGGAGCGUCUCGGACGUCAGCUUCGACCUGAACUGCUACCUUAACACGCAGGAACGAGACAUGAUUGUCUUUGAGGAAACCAGCGUCAACAAUGCUGCCGACGCCGUCGUCUCUGCGUCGCCGCGCAGCGCCGGCGAAGCCCGACCGGGGCCGAAGGGCGGCGAGACUAGGGGCGCGACUGCCGCGCGGCUCGCGCGGCUGUCGCCCAGCGGCCGCGAGAGGGGCGAGGCCUCUUGCGGAGACGCAAAGUCGCUGGCGGCAGCCAUGCAGUGCGCGGGGCGAGCCCACGCCCUGGCUGUGCAGAGAACAGGCCGAGAUCUGGUGGCGACUGCGCGCGCGGAGCGAGUGGCGGACAAGCGGAACGCCAGAGAGCCUCCUGCUAAGGAGACGCUGUAUCCUGUCGUUCUUCUCAUCCAGAUGGAAAUGUGCAACGGCGUCACUCUUCGCGAGUGGCUCGACCGGACCGACCGAGGCACCGUCGCAAUGGGCUUUGUACCGAGCAGCAAGAAUCGCUGGAACUCGCUCGAGUUGGAGUUGUUCAAGCAGCUCAUGAAAGGCAUUCGAGACAUCCACGAGAGGGGCAUUGUGCAUCGAGAUCUGAAGCCAGAAAACAUUUUCGUCGACCCCAACACGCUCGUGCUGAAAAUUGUCGACUUCGGCCUCGCGAAGUUCAUUCAGAGAGAAAACAGCAACACGAGCGGAGCGGCGGCGGGACAGGCAGGCGCCUCCGGAAACGCAGAGGGCGGGGGGGGCGAUGGCGCAGACGGCGAGCGAAACCGCGAGAAGCAGAAGCAGAAAAUCAAGGGCCUGCUCGCGAAAGCGAGGCGAAUGGGAAAAAACAUGGAAAUGUCAUACAAAGGCGAAGUCAUUGGAACGCCGGCGUACGCAGCGCCUGAAGGCGGCGGCCUGUGCGACGAGAAAGCUGACAUUUAUUCCAGCGCGCUGAUUCUCUUGGAGCUCCUCUGCCCGCGCUUCACAACGGUCAUGGAGAGAGUGAAGACGCUCGAGGACUUCAAAACAAACUACGCGGUUCCCGAGCACAUUCGCUUGCAUUUGCAUCCGUGGUAUUUGCUAAUGAAGGAGAUGGCGCAGCCGGAGCCUCAGCACCGCCCUUCAGCUUAUGCGGUUUUGAAACAAGCCAAGAUGCUGCUUUCUUCCCCUGCGGCAGACCUUCACCACGAGCGCGGCAUGCUGGUCUACACCGACCCGACGUCUCCGCAGCUCGGCGUGUCGUCGUCGUUUUCGUUGACGUCGCCGUCUCCAGUCUGCGGCCCCUCAACCAUGGCGCUUCCUCUCGACAACGCCGCAUCUUCUCCCCUGGAGUAG